CUCCUUCCUCAGCCUCCCAAAGUGCUGGGAUUACAGGUGUGAGCCACUGUAUCUGGCCUGAUGGUUAUCUUUGUAUCCUUUAUCAACACAGUGCUUUGAACAGAGUAAAUACUUAUUGAAAACUUGAGUGAAAUGUGACUUAAUAUUUGGCCUCACAGAAUACACCAGUAAUACAGCACUCACUCACCUGAGGACAGUGGGAGAAUAGAAGGUAAGUAGAAGACUGGGUUAAGUAUUCAUUCUAGCAAAUACAUUAAUCACAUGCCUCCCGUGUACUUGACACUGGGAAUUCAGCAAUGAAGAAGGCUCAGACCAAAGUCUAGGCUUUUAGCUUCCUGUCCUAUAAAGGAUAAGAUUCUUAGCUCUAUGCUGAGGUAGUAAAUUAUGAGGGGACUUCAAAAUGGCACAGGGUGGUUGAGCAGGAUACAGCAAUGGUUAAGUUUGGUCGGAAAAUAGAAAUCAAAAGGAAAAUGUGGCUAUGGUUACCCCUAGCAAACCUCUUGAAUCUCCUUCCUGAGAACCUGCUUUUUUGGGAAGGCACGAGUGCCAGUAAGACUUGGCACUCCUCCUCUUCCGCUUACCCAGAGAAAAUGACAGCCUUUCUGCUCAAAACUCAUCCCUUCACUUUGUCACCCUAUAUUUGCAUCUUCCAUCCUUAGUGUGUGUUUCCGUCCAGUCGUUCGGCAAUACACGUACUACAUGUUGGACUCUUGGGUAGUCUCUAGGGCUGUAGCAAGGAGCCUUGCUCCCAAGGGACUCAUUUACAUAAUCCUGUGAACAGACCAUGAGUAAACAGUGUGCUCAAUACUGUGCCUAUGUGUGUUAGCCCAUGCGGCCAGCCUGAGGAGUCAGGGAAGGCUCCCCUAGGCAAAGACCCCAACCAGAAUCAAGUCUUAAUGGUUAGACAAGAGCUCCGUCACCCAAAAAGGAUUGAGGGCCUACCUUCAACUGAACAGCUAAUGCAUAAUCUCAGAACCUGUGAGUCAAAAUUCCCUGGAAUAACUCCACUUUAUCCCCAAUAUCCUUGCCACCUAGACCAAGGUCCGUUCACCACCCUGUCCCCAGCACUGACUGCACUGCUGUGGCCACACUAAAACUUGGCUCAAGACAGACAAGUGAGGAAGCUGCUGCGCCAGUAUGGCUGGUUGAGGCCGCCCAAGGUCCUAGGAGGAAGCGGGUAAAUGCCAUAUCCAAAAAGACACAGCAGCCUCAGGUUUUAUCAGAGGGCAGCAGCUUCCUUCUCCUUCCCCAACCUCUGGCUAAGUCACAAAGCACCACAGCUGUACAACCAGAUGGGGGAAGGGAGGAGAUUAGAACUGUAGGCUAGAGUAGACAGGUAUGGAGCAGUUCACAAUCACGGUAUCCCAAGCAGAAAGUGAUGGUGGCUUGGACUAGCAUGGUGGUAUUAGAGAUGGGGUAAAGAUUCAAGAGACAUCGUUGAUAGGCAGAACCAAUAGGACUUGGUAAUAAACUAUUCUCAGGAAAAGGGAGGACUCAUGGCUUUCAGCUAUGAGCAUCCAGCCAUGAGCAUGGCCUCACCCACUUCCUGACAAUUCUAGCCACCAUGAGUCCAGGGGCUAUAGCCCUUUGCUCUGCCCAUUGCUCAGCAAGUUACUUGGGGUUGCAGUUUGAUAAGAAAAGACUUCCUGUGGAGGAAUCUGAAGGGAAGAAGGAGGAGCUGGUCCAUUCCUGCCUGGGAGGUUGUGGAAGAAGGAAGAUGGCCAGAGCUUUGUGUCCACUGCAAGCCCUCUGGCUUCUGGAGUGGGUGCUGCUGCUCUUGGGACCUUGUGCUGCCCCUCCAGCCUGGGCCUUGAACCUGGACCCAGUGCAUCUCACCUUCUAUGCAGGCCCCAAUGGCAGCCACUUUGGGUUUUCACUGGACUUCCACAAGGACAGCCAUGGGAGAGUGGCCAUCGUGGUGGGCGCCCCACGGACGCUGGGUCCCAGCCAGGAGGAGACGGGCAGCGUGUUCCUGUGCCCCUGGAGGGCCGAGGGCGGCCAGUGCCCCUCGCUACUCUUUGACCUCCGUGAUGAGACCCGAAAUGUAGGCUCCCAAACUUUACAAACCUUCAAGGCCCGCCAAGGACUAGGGGCGUCGGUCGUCAGCUGGAGCGACGUCAUUGUGGCCUGCGCCCCCUGGCAGCACUGGAACGUCCUAGAAAAGACCGAGGAGGCUGAGAAGACGCCCGUAGGCAGCUGCUUUUUGGCUCAGCCAGAGAGCGGCCGCCGCGCCGAGUACUCCCCCUGUCGCGGGAACACUCUGAGCCGCAUUUACGUGAAAAAUAAUUUUAGCUCGGACAAGCGUUACUGUGAAGCGGGCUUCAGCUCCGUGGUCACUCAGGCCGGGGAGCUGGUGCUUGGGGCUCCUGGAGGCUAUUAUUUCUUAGGUCUCCUGGCCCAGGCUCCAAUUGCGGAUAUUUUCUCGAGUUACCGCCCAGGCAUCCUUUUGUGGCACGUGUCCUCCCAGAGCCUCUCCUUCGACUCCAGCAACCCAGAGUACUUCGACGGCUACUGGGGGUACUCGGUGGCCGUGGGCGAGUUCGACGGGGAUCUCAACACUACAGAGUAUGUCGUCGGUGCCCCCACUUGGAGCUGGACGCUGGGAGCGGUGGAAAUUUUGGGCUCCUACUUCCAGAGGCUGCACCGGCUACAUGGAGAGCAGAUGGCUUCGUAUUUUGGGCAUUCAGUGGCUGUCACUGACGUCAACGGGGAUGGGAGGCAUGACCUGCUGGUGGGCGCUCCACUGUAUAUGGAGAGCCGGGCAGACCGAAAACUGGCCGAAGUGGGGCGUGUGUAUUUGUUCCUGCAGCCGCGAGGCCCCCACACGCUGGGUGCCCCCAGCCUCCUGCUGACUGGCACACAGCUCUAUGGGCGAUUCGGCUCUGCCAUCGCACCCCUGGGCGACCUCGACCAGGAUGGCUACAAUGACAUUGCAGUGGCUGCCCCCUACGGGGGUCCCAGUGGCCGGGGCCAAGUGCUGGUGUUCCUGGGUCAGAGUGAGGGGCUGAGUUCACGUCCCUCCCAGGUCCUGGACAGCCCCUUCCCCACAGGCUCUGCCUUUGGCUUCUCCCUUCGAGGUGCUGUAGACAUCGAUGACAACGGAUACCCAGACCUGAUUGUGGGAGCUUACGGGGCCAACCAGGUGGCUGUGUACAGAGCUCAGCCAGUGGUGAAGGCCUCCGUCCAGCUACUGGUACAAGAUUCACUGAAUCCUGCUGUGAAGAGCUGUGUCCUACCCCAGACCAAGACACCCGUGAGCUGCUUCAAAAUCCAGAUGUGUGUUGGAGCCACUGGGCACAACAUUCCUCAGAAGCUGUCCCUAAAUGCCGAGCUGCAGUUGGACCGGCAGAAGCCCCGCCAGGGCCGGCGGGUGCUGCUGCUGGGCUCUCAACAGGCAGGCACCACCCUGAACCUGGAUCUGGGCGGAAAGCACAGCCCCAUCUGCCACACCACCAUGGCCUUCCUUCGAGAUGAGGCAGAAUUCCGGGACAAGCUGAGCCCCAUUGUGCUCAGCCUCAAUGUGUCCCUGCCGCCCACGGAGGCUGGAAUGGCCCCUGCUGUCGUGCUGCAUGGAGACACCCAUGUGCAGGAGCAGACACGAAUCGUCCUGGACUGCGGGGAAGAUGACGUGUGUGUGCCCCAGCUUCAGCUCACUGCCAGCGUGACAGGCUCCCCGCUCCUAGUUGGGGCAGAUAAUGUCCUGGAGCUGCAGAUGGACACAGCCAACGAGGGCGAGGGAGCCUAUGAAGCAGAGCUGUCCGUGCACCUGCCCCAGGGGGCCCACUACAUGCGGGCCCGAAGCAACGUUGAGGGCUUUGAGAGACUCAUCUGUAACCAGAAGAAAGAGAAUGAGACCAGGGUGGUGCUGUGUGAGCUGGGCAAUCCCAUGAAGAAGAACACCCAGAUAGGAAUUGCGAUGUUGGUGAGCGUGGGGAAUCUGGAAGAGGCUGGGGAGUCUGUGUCCUUCCAGCUGCAGAUCCGGAGCAAGAACAGCCAGAAUCCAAACAGCAAGAUUGUGCUGCUGGAUGUGCCAGUCCGGGCAGAGGCCCAAGUGGAGCUGCGAGGGAACUCCUUUCCAGCCUCCCUGGUGGUGGCUGCAGAAGAAGGUGACAGGGAGCAGAACAGCUUGGACAGCCGGGGACCCAAAGUGGAGCACACCUAUGAGCUCCACAACAAUGGCCCUGGGACUGUGAAUGGCCUUCACCUCAGCAUCCACCUCCCGGGGCAGUCCCAGCACUCUGACCUGCUCUACAUCCUGGAUAUACAGCCCCAGGGGGGCCUUCAGUGCUUCCCACAGCCUCCUGUCAACCCCCUCAAGGUGGACUGGGGGCUGCCCACCCCCAGCCCCUCCCCCGUUCACCCGGCCCACCACAAGCGGGAUCGCAGACAGAUCUUCCUGCCAGAGCCCGAGCAGCCCUCGAGGCUUCAGGAUCCAGUUCUCGUAAGCUGCGACUCGGCGCCCUGUACUGUGGUGCAGUGUGACCUGCAGGAGAUGGCGCGCGGGCAGCGGGCCAUGGUCACGGUGCUGGCUUUCCUGUGGCUGCCCAGCCUCCACCAGAGGCCACUGGAUCAGUUUGUGCUGCAGUCACAGGCAUGGUUCAACGUGUCCUCCCUCCCCUAUGCCGUGCCCCCGCUCAGCCUGCCACGAGGGGAAGCUCAGGUGCGGACACAGCUGCUUCGGGCCUUGGAGGAGAGGGCCAUUCCAAUCUGGUGGGUGCUGGUGGGUGUGCUGGGCGGCCUGCUGCUGCUCACCAUCCUGGUCCUGGCCAUGUGGAAGGUGAGGUGUGAAGGACAGUGGAAUCUCCAGUGGGGCACAGGCUUGGCCCCGCCUUGCCUCACAGGGAGUCAAGGAGAGAUGGUGGCCCACCCAAGUGGGUAAUCCAGGGACCAGGGAUCUAUGUCUCCAUUAUUAGAAUGUCAUUCUCGGCCCAGUGGGGUGGCUCACACCUGUAAUCCCAGCACUUUGGGAGGCCAAGGCAGGUAGAUCACCUGAGGUCAAGAGUUCGAGACCAGCCUGGCCAAAAUGG